UACGCAGAUGUGGGGUUGUAUGUGUGAAUGUAUGACUUACGCAGAUGUGGGGUUAGAACAAAGGGCUCAUAUAAAGUUGUAUUUUUAACAUGGCUUCUUGGGGCAUUCAAGAUUAUGUGAGCUAGCACUAUUAGAGUUGGCUAUCCAGUUUAACCCUACUUGGAUUUCUAAUGGUAUUCCAAUUUGCGUAAUAAUUAAUGGCAUGCAAUAAUUUAAUUCACAGCUCCUCAACCCCAGAAAAUGGAGGAAGAACCAGUGGAUGCAACUCCAUUCAUCGUGCUGCUCAUCAUAGCGAUCAUAUUCGCUUUGAUCGUCUGGGUGGCAGUCAUCCUUGCAGCGUGCCACAUCUUAAAGCGAACAAAAGCCAAAUAAUGAUACAACAGGCCGUCAGUAAUAAGAAUUUGAUUUAUGAAAUACGUCACGUUAACACCCUAGACUUCCAAAAGCUCAGUACACCAAACCGGAAACUCCAGCCAGAUCAUGGCAGGGAUGGAUUUUUCAGGGGUGGGGUUGGGGGCACCGUCCCCCUUGGCCCUCCCCCUGUAUUCAAAACUGCAUGGUAUUGAAAACUUUCACAGUAGUCCUGUGAAAAAGCUUACACCCUUGCACUGUACGUUAAACUAGGGCAGUAGCCAGAAAUUAAUCACGAAUGAGGCAAAACCAUUAGAAACUGUCAGCAAUGAUCAUACUCAAGAAAUUUAUUCGUCAAUACACUCUUCUUUUAAAGAAUUUUUUUUUAUAAAAACGCCCAGCCUGAGAUUUCAUCAAAUAAGCAGCAAAAUAUUACUUAUCUAGUCUGAAGUGUCCUUAAGUGCAUUGUCAAAUUGUGUUUAUCAAUAACAACCUUAAAUAUUAUUUCUAUUGAUCAUUUGAGUAAUUAUCUUCCUAAUAGUUCAUUGGGUACUAUAAUUUAACAACAUCGUCAAGAGCAGUUUCAGCCUUAAAAUGCUCCAAAAAUAUGAACGGCCAUGCCUCAACUUAAAAUUAGACGGUCUUAUAAAAGAGUGCAGCUAUAGCUACACAAGCAUAUAACUAGGUUGAUUUAAGCUUUUCUGUGAGUAAGAUUUUCUACUUGUCGGCUUGAGUAAAAACGAUUUAAAAAAACUAGGUGUACUCAAACGUUAAAAAUCGAUAUCGAUGAUUAAGUCAAUUACUCUGAUCAUCGGAAUAAUUAUCGAUUAACUUCAGAAUUUUUCUGCCAUCGAUUAUUAACGAUUGCCGAUACAAUUAGCUAUAUGCAUCGUUUGCAAGCGAUUAAUAUCAUCUUUCUGUUCUAUCGUCUGAACACGCUGGAAUAAAAAAAAUUAAAACAAAGAUCACUUAGACUUUUAAUGCUUUUUGUGACGCAAAAGGCAAAUUCACAGGUCGUCGACAUAAGAAACCACCUUAGAUAUAAUCUGAAUUGUUGACAAAUUUAAGGAGCAGAGUAAUAGGUAACAAAUCACAUGCAACACUAAGUAAGCAAAGUAACACACCAUCGAAAAUUGUAAAUUCCAAGGCUAAUAAAGUCGAUUUUUAAAAUGGC